AUGGCAGGCGUCGCUGAAAAGGCUCGCUUCUUUCUUGAGCGAUCCGUACCGCAGCUGCGAGAAUGGGAGGACAAGGAAAUCUUCUCCAAGGAUGAAAUCCGCACCAUUGUCCAGAAACGAAAUCAACACGAGCACAAGGUCCUCUCCCCCGGAAAUACCGCCUACGACUGGUCCGCCUACGCGCAGUGGGAGCAAUCCCUCGAGACGCUGCGGGCCAAGCGCUGCCAGCGCCUCAAGAUCCGGCACCUCACCUCGGCGCACGCCGGUCAGAGCCGCGUGCUCGGCAUCUACGAACGCGGCGUUGGGCGGCACCCGGGCAGCGGCGCGCUCUGGCGCGCGUACCUCGCCUACACCGCCGGCGUGCAGGCCUCGAAGCGCUGGCGCCGCACCAUGACCAACGCCCUGCGCAUGCUGCCCGCCGACGCCGAGCUCUGGGUCGUGGCUGGCCGCCGCUCCGCCCGCUCCGGCGACAUGGCCGCUGCCCGCGGCUUCUUCAUGCGCGGAUGCCGCUUCUGCACCGCCGACGACCGCCUUUGGCUAGAGUACGCCCGCUGCGAGAUGGAGUGGCUCGCCAAGAUGGAGGACAAGAAGCGCAGGAGCGGCGGUGCAAAGUUGUCGUCGAAAGAGGCGAUCCUGCCCGCGCGCCGGCCUGCCGACGACGACGAGCUGCGUUUGGAGGACACCGACGACGAGAGUGAGGGCGAAGACGGCGUCAUCCUGCCCGAGCCUACGAGAGCGCAGGCCAAGGUCAUUGACGAGUCGGCCACCCAGCAGCUCGCCGCCAACCCGGCCCUCGACGGCGCCAUACCCAUGGCCAUCUUCGACAUUGCCCGCAAGCAGGCCUUUUACAAGCCCGACGUCGCCGAGCGCUUCUUCUUCAUGUUUGCCACGUUCCGCCAGCUGCCCGUCUACCCGCGCAUAGCGCAGCACGUCCUGGACGCGCUCACGUCGCAGUGUCCCAGGGACCCGGCCACCGCCAACUGCCUCGUCCGCCAGCCAAUCGCCGGCGUCAGCCCGCUCACGGCCGACUUCCCCAGAGGCUUGCGCGAGGCGCUCCCGCGUCUCGAGGAGCAGCUCGCAGCGACGUCGGAUCGUGCGGUGCUGGUCAAGAAGACCGAGACGUGGAUCGACGAGUGUCUGGCAGUUGAGGGGCUUGAUGAGGCCAUCAAAACGGUCCUGGAGCACACAAAAAGCAGUCUCAAUGAGGAGGCGGAGUGA